AUGUAUAAAAACAGAAUUGAAAUCAUAAAAAAACAUUUAGAAGUUAAUAAUAGUCAAACAACAAAUAAUAAGGAUGAAGUUUUAGAAAAAGAAUUAUUUAAUUCAAUUGAUACAAAUAUUAAUGUUGGAGAAUUAAAAUUAUUAAUUGAUUCAGUUGAAGAAAGUAAAUAUAAGGAUGAAACAAGAGAAUUCAUUAGAAAUCAUCCAAAAUUCAAAGAGAAUUUCAUUGGAUUGGAUAUGGCUACCUAUAGACAAUUAGUACUUGAGCAAUGUGCUGCAAUUGCAAAUCGUGGAUUAAUUCAUUUUACUGAUAUUAAGAAUAACCUUCACAGAUAUAUAGGCGCUUUAGAAAUGUUUGCAUUGUAUAAUAAUAAUAUUUUAACGAAAUUGAGUGUUCAAUAUACAUUAUUUGGAGGUCCAAUUAUAUUUUUAGGUACCUCAAGACAUGAGAAAUAUAUUGAAGAUGCUAAUACCCUCAAGACAAUGGGUUGCUUUGCAAUGACAGAGAUUGGUCAUGGUUCAAAUGUUCGUGGUAUUGAAACUACUGCACAUUACGAUAAACAAACUAAAGAGUUUAUCAUUCAUUCACCAACACCAACAAGUGAAAAGUUUUGGAUUGGUUGCGCUUAUCUUCAUGCUACCUAUGCUGUAGUUUUCGCAAACUUAAUCAUUGAUGGUACAAACUAUGGUAUUCAUGCAUUUAUUGUACCACUUCGUUGUCCAAAGAGUGGUGCAAUCAUGAAAGGUAUCACCAUUAAAGAUUGUGGUCAUAAGUUAGGUUUGAAUGGUAUUGAUAAUGGUCAAAUUCGUUUCGAUCAAGUUCGUAUCCCAAGAGAGAACCUUUUAAACAAAUAUAGUGAUGUUAGCGAAGAUGGUGUUUACAAGAGCCAAUUCAAUACACCAAUAAAGAAUUUCGCUGCAACAAUGUCACCAUUCAUCGUUGGUAGAAUGGCAAUCACUAAAGGUUGUUCAGGUGCUGCUAAAACCUCCCUCUCUAUUGCUAUUGAAUUCUCACAUAUUAGAAAACAAUUUGGCCCAUCUUCAAAUAAAGAGCUUCCAUUGAUUACUCUCAGUUCUCAACAACGUCGUCUUAUGGCACCAUUGGCAAGAACCAUCUUGUUUGAUCUUUACAUUCAACGUUUAACCAAUGAAUUAUGUCAAGAGAAAUUACCAGCUUCAAUCCAUGCUCACUGCUCUGGUAUCAAAGCAGUUUACAGUUGGUUCUGUGUUGCAGCACUCCAAACUUGUCGUGAAGCUUGUGGUGGCCAGGGUUACCGUUCAGCAAAUCGUAUAGCUGAAUUUAAAAAUGAUUGUGAUAUCAUUUGCACAUAUGAAGGUGAUAACACUGUUCUCAUGCAACAAUUGGCCAAGUAUUUAUUAGGUGUAAAACAAAAACAAACAAAUACCACUACCAAUCGUAUCUAUUUAGAUGGUGAAGAUGCCAAAUCGUUAUUUUUCAAUUUUUCGAAUAUAAAUCAAUUAUUUGAAACUAGAGAAGAGAUGCGUUUGGCCGAAUUAAAACAAAUCAUUGACAACUCUAAAGAAUCUGCUUAUUUCGCUUUUAACAAUGCAAUUCCAUGGGCUGUCAAAUUAGGUUUUGCUCACAUGACUAAAAUCGUUUUCCAAAACUCUAUCAAUACAUUAAAACUUAAAAACGUUAAACCAUUAACUCAUUUAAUUAUGUUGGAUGCUCUCGUCUCCAUUGAAGAAGAUUUAGGUUGGUUCGUUUCAAAUCAUUUAAUCUCACCAAAUGUUGCUCAAUCAAUCCCAUUCUUAAUUCAAGAUCUUUGUUUUGAAGUUACUAAAGUUUCAAAACAAAUUAUCGCUUCAUUUGAUAUUCCUGAAAAUUGUAAACCAUCAUCAAAGGAUUUAAUUUCUGAUCUUUUUUAA